GGGCCCGACUCCGGAGACUCAAAGUCCGUUUCUGUCGUAGGGGAAGUUGCCGAGGAAACGAGCAGUUCGUCCGCGUUUCUCACAGCGGCUCGUGAAUUUCCGCCCUCCGCGAGUACUUGUUCCGAUCCUCUUUUUCAUUUGUAUCUCUCUGUCUUCCGUUUUUCCUUUUUUUCUUUUUUUCUCCCGCGGUUCGUACGCGAGUGAAACGUGCGCGCGGGAUUUUGGGAUUUCGGUACGUUACCAGUGACGAAAGAGAGAAAGAAAAAGAAAUUAUUCGUGUUUACCGGUGUGCACUGUGCCAUGGGGAUCUAGGAACGCCGGUCAGGAAACGAGACGCAUGACAGACGACACCAGGCGGGCGUUAUUAGGUGAGGGUUCAGCAGCUUUCGGCGACGCGAUCGAGAGAUGUCGGAUGCCGAAGGCACGGAUAAUCCGGCGUUCGCCAACGAGGACGAGCGCGUCGGCGAUUCCAAGUUGGAGAACGGCGGCCAGCAGCAAGCGGCCUUGAACCAGGAUCGCAAGUCCUCGGCGGACGGCGCGCCGGUAGAAAAUGGCCACCAGCGAUCCUUCAUCUCCCAGCACUAUGUCGAGCCCAUUAAGCCAAGCACGGAGCCGUGUUAUAAAACGGAAACGAGAAUCGAGGUGCCGGCCGAUAAUACGGAGAAGAGCGUGCCGGAGCCGAAGCUCAAUGGCGUCCACGGAAACGGCAACAACAACGACGCGAGUUUUCUCAACAACAGUGCUACCAGCGUGCAGAUCAACGAGUCCGGAAAGAAGGAGCAGAUCGAGGCCGUAAACCUGGAACUGGUCUCGAUGAGGCCAUACACGGGCAACAAUAUUCAAACGAAGGGUCAGGAAGCUUGCGAGGUACCAGCUGAUCCUUACGAGGAGUACUUCGUACCGGUUAACGAGCAUCGAAAGUACAUCAGAGGCGAGAAACUUUACGUCACGAAGGACAAGAGAUCGAGAAAUUCGUACUGGAGAAGAAUGGCCUGGGGAAUGGCGCUGUUGGUCAUAGUGAUCGCCGUGAUCAUCGCAAUUUUAGCUGCAACUGGUGUAUUCCCAACGCAAAAAGCAGAACCCUUGGAGAAUGUGAAUGAAAGUAAUACUCGUCAACUUAACGAAGUGCAGACGGCUGGAAGUCAAGAAUAUGUGAAGGAUCCACCGUUAAGUCCACCACCUUUAACCUCGACUUUCCCACCGUGGCAUACAACUGACGAAACGCUAUUCGAUAUUGUACCGGAUGCUUUGGAUGGAACUUUACGACUAGAUGACUUUGAUUGGAAUGACGAUUUUAGCGAUAUCAAAUCGCGAGUGUACAGACAAGUAAGCGCCGAGAUAGAGGAACAUCUAGGCAACAUUCUUCGACAAACGGGCAGCACGUCUGUAAUCAAAGUAUACGACAUCAAUAAGGAAGGUGAAAUAAAAUUCAGAAUAAGUCAUCCACCUCGAAAUGCUCCUGAAGAAAGUCAGGAAUAUAUCGAGGAUGUAUUACGAAAAAAUGGUAAUAUGAUCGGACAGUAUCAUUUGAACAGGCUUUACGUAGGAAAACUUAUCGAUCAAUGUGAAUACGGUAAUCUCGGAUGCACCGGAAAUUGUAAAUAUGAUUACCCCGCUGGUACAUUCACAUGUAUAUGCAAUUCAGGAGAAACGUUGCAUCAUGAUGGAAAAACUUGUGUGGACGAUAGCGAUUUAAGUAACGUCGAAAUGGACGACGUAAUGCCACAAUCCAGCACGGAACCAGUUAAUGAUUUUCAGGGUAGAAGUAGAGAUCCAGGCGCGGUAGACUUCGAACCUAGACAUCCCAAUACUUGGGAAAAUACGGACUUCAAGACAAGUUUAGCGGAAACGGACACAUCGACAUCGAAACCUAAAACAGAACACGUUCAUCCUGAGCAACCUGAGCACGUGUCAAUAGAACAGCAGUCCGAAUCAACUCCAACGACGAAACACGUUUCCGAGAAUGUUAAUUCUCACUGGAAUCAUGAACAUUCUCAUCAUUCAAUCGAAACCACCACUGAAGCAAAGUCUUCCAUUAAACCAUUAUUUACUGUAGAACCAUUUACCCCUAUUUUUGAACAAGAGCAUGCUACUGUUGAACCGGAGCCUUCUCCUGAGCCAGAAUCCACUGCUGAACCAGAACCUAAUGCUGAGCCAGAACCUAGUGCUGAGCCAGAACCUAGUGCUGAGCCAGAACCUAAUGCUGAGCCAGAACCUAGUGCUGAGCCAGAACCUAGUGCCGAACCAGAACCUAGUGCUGAGCCAGAACCUGGUGCUGAGCCAGAACCUACUAUUCCACCAGAAGUAACUACUCAAUCAGAGCUCACUGUUAAACCGGAACCUACAGCUGUAACAAAAUCCGAUGCCAAGUCAAAUUCUGCUUCUGAAGUAGAGCCAACUGCAAAAUCAGAAAUUGCUCCUGAAAUCGAAUCUACUGUUGAAGCAGAAGCUAUUACUGAAAAAGACCCUACUACAAAAUCAAUGCCUGUCACAGAAUCAUCAACUACUGUCGACGAAACAGACAGUGAGGUAAAAUCAAAAAUGGAAUCGCACCAUCUGACGACAACAGAAUCGUAUUUAGAGUCAAAAACUGAAAUACCUAAUCAAUCUGAAUUCACUGUUAAAUCGAUGUCUCAUGACGAUACGUCUACUGAAUAUCCUACACAAACAUCACUUUUAAACGAUCCUGGUACGACUGAUGUGCCUAAAUCUCUUAUUGAUUUAAUAAAUAAAAAUAACAAUUCCAAAAAUGACGAAACUUUGACCACAAUUGUAAAGUCUAACGAAACUCUGACAGAUGAUAAUUCAUCCUUACAAGUGAUACCUUUAACAUCUACAAAUAAAUCUGUAAAUAUUAAUGAUAAUGUGGAAACUAAAAUAGAAAUAACGACGAUACAGUCUACGAACAAGGAUGAAAUUACUGAAAGUGCAAUCACCGAUGCCGGUCUUACUACUUUAAAUUAUAGAGAUUUAAAACAGAAUGAUAAUGUAAAUGUUGCAUCAGUCAAACCUGAGAAUCGCGAGAAAUUAGUCGCGGAGCAAUUCACACAAAAUCCCGGUCUUCAGGAAACUAAAGAAAGUGAUUUUACAUCAGAAAUGAAUUUUGAUGCAAAUUUAAGUAAUAUUCAGAGUGAAAAUUCUUCGGCCGGUGAACGCGAUUUAACAAUCGAACAAAAAUCAGGCACUAGCUUAGACGUUUUUGAACAGCCUAUUUCAACUACUGCGGCAACUACUUUGCCGGUCACAUCGGUAGAAGAAAAAACCGAAUUGACUACUAAAUCCACAAAUGACAGGUAUUCAUCGACAGGAUAUUUCCAUACAAUAGAGAUAAAUGGCGUAAGUAAUAGGAAUCCAGAAACAUAUAAUACUAAAGUACGCGAAACAACUACGACGAUACCAGAAACUACUCCAACUGACAUGCUCACUCAGCCAAUACCUGGAUACCGGGAAGAACACGUGCCCGAACCCGCAUUACAACCAAAUACACCAGAUUCGAACGAGAAAAAUGUCAUCGAACAUAUGCCGACAACGAUCUUUCCUAAAAUACCGAAAAACUUUGCCCACAAUGUCGAGCCAUUGAGGGAACCUAUAGUGAAAUCGGCGGACGACGAACAUAUCAUGCUGAUACCGAAAUCCGAGCAACCGAUAGAGAUACACGCAAUAAUUCCGCAACUCAUUCCGGAACAAGCCACAAAUAGAACUCUGAAAGCAGAAAACUCGACGACGGAAUUGAAGAACGGGGUCAACGAAGACGUAAACGUGAAAAAAUCUGCAGAAAAUACAACUUCGAUCGGUUCAUCUACAAUGCGUUCUGAUGAGGCGAUCGCUCAUACGAGCAAUAAUAGACGCCCUGACGAAAUUCAAGAACAUUCGACAAGUCAUCCUCUUCAUCCAGCGAUAUUCCCAGAAAAUUCGGUAGAUCAUUCAGCAGGAAAGUCUGACGAUCGACCGGUUGAGGAUAUGUCACCAUUCUUACCGGACGUUCAUAAAGAAAAGGAAAGCAUGAAGAAAGCGCCACGCUUAGACAAGGACGAGCAAGACGUUCCUAAUCCUUUCGAAACUCACAUCGAUGAUGUUAUAACACAUCGGCCAUCAAUACGUAAUAAUGCAGGCAGAAUGAACGAAACUGAAACCAAAGAUUUAUUGAAUGACGUUAGUUCACAUUCAAUAAAUGACAAAAGUGCCAGCAAAAUUAUCAAUGAUACAGAAUCUAAAAUUUUGAACGUGUUGCAUCAAAAUAGUUCUACGAAAUCAGUUGACAAUGACGGAACAGAAGACAUUACAGAUCAGAAAAGCAGCGGUUUCUUCGAAGAUAAUGACGAAGAGUUGAAAGUGAUUCCAUUGACGAUAAAAGAUAAAUCAGUGGAUUCAAUUUCUCAAACUACAAUACAACCUAUAGAUAAGAAAACGAAGCCUCCUGUCGAUGUAACUUCUGCCGGAAAGAAAGUAGAAAAAGAAGUUGGAGGUAUCGCGAUAGAAAGCAGUGUGGCCAGCUCAGAGAAACCAGAAGAAAAUGCUGUCGAAGAUCACUACAACGACAUUACGGAUGAAACCUUGUCGAAGGAAUACCGACACGAUACCGGCAUUCCGAUUAAAGUCAUCGAGUCUUCCAAGAAAGCGGUUUUGAAGAAUGUUGACUCUGUAAAAGUUCCUUAUAACGAUCCGUCGCUAACUACAUUCGAUGUCGUAAAGAAAAAGAAUGCGACGAUCGAGAAGAUAGCUUCCGAUACGACACAAAGUCCGAUGAUUACGAAGACGGAAGACGCUGUGGACAACCAGAUGGAAGAUGGUAGAAUGACUACUCAAGAACCCGUAUUGCCUAUAGAAAUUCAACAGGAAAUAUCCACGACGAUAGGAACCGACAAGGUUGAAAUCACUACCGUAAUCGAUGAUGGCAAACAUGAGGAGAACAAUAUGGAAGCGCCGAACGUCAGCCAAUCCGACGAGAAAGAAGCUGUUACAGCAGCGCAGAUUACAACGACUCCAACCACGCUGGAGACUAAAACCACAGCUCAGAUCCCGAUCUUGCCCGAGGAGCUGCAAACGACGGAGAGCGACAUGUUAACGACAACGUUGAGUGAAGAGAUGUCGAGUGAAGACAAGAAAAUGAAAGACAAGAAAAUUACUGACAAAACAAUUUCAACGGACGAUGUUGAUGACGAGACGAGCAAGAGCGAGGCCGAGAAAGAGAAUGCUGUCACCCCGAGCGAUUUAAUGACGGAUACAAACAGCACGUCGGAAAGAAGCAUGGCGGCGACAACGAUAUACGAGAGUAACGUAAGCUUAGGAUCUGGCCGGAGAAUAGAAUAUGAUGAAAACGGGCGGGCAAUUGACGGGAGUGCGACGGAAAGCGCAAAAAUUGAGACUACUCCUAUGAUGACCACAGAAAAAUAUAUUGCAAGUGGCGUAGAAGGAACCUCGCCUAUGCCUAAUGAUAUCACCACUACGGAAGACGUUAGACCGGUCACGGAAGUGCUAGACGACACGCAACCCAUGGUAAAUUACAGAAUGUUGUUCACCACGAUUCCGCCGAGACCGAUAUCGCUUGACUCGGAGCUGUCUGAAGAGGCGCUCAGGGUGAUACCGCUGGAGAAGAAUCCGGAAAGCAAGAAGAAACCGAUCGAUAAGAAGGGAUUCGACAAGUACAAGUACAAAAAGGAGAAAGAUCUGAGCCUGGAGGAUCAGAAUGAAGAUAACGUUUUAACGGAAAGGUCCGAUUCGACCAUUCUUUCCCAAACGGAGCAGCCGAUAUCUCCAGUCACCCCUGAAAACCGAGACGAAGAACUGAGCGACAGCGUGGUAAGCUCGGACAUAGACCCGAAUGUACCCAGGUUCACCGUGGCCGACAAGGAAGGCAACAUCCUGCCUAUAUCGAAAUGGAAAGCUACGGGGAGCACGGAUAGAAGCGAAAAUAGGGGCGCGGUCGCAGAGACGAAGCCUAAGAAUUAUCCCAGCUUCAUACCCGUGUCGGAAGAAAUAAUAGACUCGGUACCAGUCACGGAGCCCUACGUAAUCAUGCGAAAUACUCGUCCCAUGAUCGUACCGGGCGAUACGAAAAAGACAGCUGCGAACGAGACGACGGUCGAAGGUCGUGCCAACGCGAACGAAACGGCUGGGCAAGACGACACCUUUUUCUCUGAUCAAUUAUUCAGCGAUUUCGAAGAAACGAAAGGGGAUCGCGUUACGGAAGAACCGAUCACGACCGCGCGAACUUCACCGUUGGACGUAAAGGUCGAGAGUACCACCGCUAUCGCCAGCAGUCCUUCAGGAGCUUCGUCUCCUGGGAUCUUCUCGAAAUGCACCACAGGCCAAUUUCAAUGCGUCAAUGGAACGUCUAGGAACGGUGCGUAUUGCGUACCACAAUCCGCCAAAUGCGACUCCGAGAACGACUGUUCCGACGGUUCGGAUGAGUUGAACUGCGAGGCGGAAGGUUGUCCGGGUAACUUCCGCUGCGCCAACGGACAGUGCCUGAAGAGGCACCUCGUCUGCAACAAGAUCGCCGAUUGCGACGAUGGCAGCGACGAGCACGACUGCGAGAACUGGCGGUGCCAAUCUGACGAAUUCAGGUGUCCAAACGGAAGAUGCAUUCCGGGAUUGUGGCAAUGCAAUGGUCGACCCGACUGCGAAGGACAUCAGGACGAAUACAAUUGCGCGGAAAACUGCGGGAACAACGAAUUUCUCUGCCCAACGGAGAAGUGGUGCAUCCCGCAAGCGUGGCGUUGCAACGGAGUUGCCGACUGCGUUAACGAGGAAGACGAGAAGCUAUGCGACUGUGCCGUGGAUCAAUUUAAGUGUCAAAACGGUGGAUGCAUCCCCCGGGUCCAAGUCUGCGACGGCACCGAGAAUUGCCCGGAUUAUUCGGACGAGUGGGGUUGCCUAAUCGCCAAUGCUACUGCAGACAGAAAUCUCACUGAUGCGGAAACGGAUGGCAACACGGAGAGCGAAUUGACUAAUCGCGUGCCAUUUUUGAAGAUAAGACAACACGAUAGCGACUAUCUAGUCUGCUCGGACGGGUGGAGCGAAGAAUUCAGCGAUUCCUAUUGUCAGGCUUUGGGAUUCGCUGGAUCCGACGAGACAAUCGAGUCGUUCGCGUGGGACAGAAGCCAGAAAGUUCUAAGACUGAAGACGAACCCUAAUUAUCGCCUGCCGCUAGUCACGAAUUUAGAGGACAUGGGAUUCUGCGUGUCGGACAAGGUGGUGCAAGUGUCGUGCCAGGAGUUCACUUGCGGUCUGCACUAUGCCGAGGAGCCGACCGCGAGAUCGGCAGAUGGGACUCCAGCCAACCAUGAGCAAUGGUCCAGCGUGGCUCUGUUGAAGGAAACGGAAGGAGGAACUGCUUGUACAGCCAGUAUACUCAGUCCUAUGCACGCUCUAGCCAGUUAUUCCUGUAUCUACAGACACAAGGAGAAGAGCGAAUGGCAACUUUUUACCGGUGAAAAUAUGCUGAAAGGGCACACCGUUAAGAAUAUCGUGCCUUAUCCUCAAGUGAAAUAUAAUCAGUUCCUGUACAAUAAUGACAUCGCCCUGAUCGAAUUAGGAGAGCCAUUAAUAUUUUCCACAAACGUUAGCGCCGUAUGUCUUCCCAAACAGCCUAUUCAGCCGAGGCAGAUUUGCGUGACGGCAGGAUGGGGAUUCCUUAUGAACGGGGAAAUGAAUUUGCAGCAAUAUCUCAAAUUCUUGCCUGUUCCGACGAAUAAUUCCGAUAAAUGUAACGCCACGAGUCAUUAUGCAGGAUUUAUCACGGAACACGAUAUAUGCACGGAUAAAGGCCCUUGUUACAAGGACGAAGGGGCGCCACUGAUGUGUGCCAGUGAAUCACAGGGUACUUCGGAAAGAUGGGAAAUCCAGGGUUUACUAAGUCAUCAUAGCAGAUGUUCGAGGGGUCAUCCAGCAAUUUACUCGAGCUUGGAACCAGCGCUCUCAUGGUUGCGCGAAACAGUGCCAGCUUUGCGAAUGCAAAGCUAAAUCAUUAUUAUUAUAUCAAUUUUCUCGAAGUAUAUAAGAAACCGAUACUUCAUGAUAGACAAGCGAAUCGCAGUUUUAAUAAGCUAGAAAAAAGAGAUCGUGAUUCUAUAUAUAUAAAAAGAAACUACGACAGAAGAACAAAAAUUUAAGACAGACCUCCCUAAUUUUCUUUGAUCUUAAAAGUCGUACACAUUUUCGUAUCUUUCCUCUUUUUCUAAUUUUAAUGUUCCUAUUGAUAGCACGAAAGGUACUUGAAUAAUUCUCGAACGUCGCGUCAGCGAUAAACUGUCAUGAGAAAAGCUUAAGUGCUAUUGUAAGAC